ACGCGGCGAUCAUUCCACGAGAAACGACCGAUCACCGUCGACGUGCGCGCGUCUUCCGUCGCGAUUUGUGUUUCCAUUCUCACCUCCCGGCCUUCUCCGCCGUGCGCGUGUUCGAGUUUAACGACACGGCGCGUCAGUCAACGUCGUUCGUACUCUUCUCGCUUUUCAAAAAUCCACGGGCCACACCACCGGUACCGUCGUGCGUGCGUACCCGUCCGCUCCAGAUGACGCGUGCUGCCGUUGCCGUGUGUACGUGACAAUACGCAAACAGUGUUUCCGAAAAACGGAUAACGAAAAUACACAUUGUAUUACAAUCGAUAAAACCCCCGUGGUUUUGUGUUCGCCGGUCCGGUCGUCCGCUACAUAACUGAUCCGUGUCCGUUCGUGCGUGGUGACGCGUGUGUGCGCACGCGUAACCCGUCUCUACUCCGGCCGCCGCCAUGUUCGACGUUUUCGGUUCCGUCAAGGGACUGCUGAAGAUCGACAGCGUAUGCAUCGACAACAAUAUCUUCCGGCUGCACUACAAGGCUACCGUCAUCAUCUUGGUCGCCUUCUCGCUGUUGGUCACGUCCCGUCAGUACAUCGGCGACCCGAUCGAUUGCAUCGUCGACGAUGUGCCGCUCAACAUCAUGGACACGUACUGUUGGAUCUACUCGACGUUUACGCUGCCCAACCACGUCAACGGCCGCGUCGGCAAGGACGUGGUCCAGCCCGGCGUCCGGUCCCACGUGGACGGUGAGGACGAAGUCAAGUACCACAAGUACUACCAAUGGGUGUGCUUCGUGCUCUUCUUCCAAGCCAUGUUCUUCUACCUGCCCAGGUACAUGUGGAAGACGUGGGAGGGCGGCCGCAUCAAAAUGCUCGUGCUCGAUCUGAACUGCCCGAUCAUCAGCGAGGAGUGCAAGACUGACCGUAAGAAGCUGCUCAUCGACUACUUUGCCACCAACCUGCACACGCAAAACUUCUACGCUAUUAGGUUCUUCCUGUGUGAGUUCCUCAACUUUGUUAACGUCAUAGCUCAAAUAUUUUUCAUGGACUACUUCCUCGACGGUGAGUUUAGUACUUACGGCUCAGACGUUCUCAAGUUCACUGAAAUGGAACCCGAAGACAGAGACGACCCUAUGGCUCGGGUGUUCCCCAAAGUCACCAAGUGUACAUUCCAUAAAUAUGGUCCAUCCGGUUCGAUCCAGAAAUUAGAUGGUCUAUGUGUGUUGCCGCUCAAUAUUGUCAAUGAAAAAAUCUACGUUUUCUUGUGGUUCUGGUUCUUGUUUGUUGCCGUGCUCAGUGGUCUUAAUCUGGUGUACCGUACUGCUGUUGUGGUCAUGCCUAAAUUUCGUUUGCUGUUGUUGAGAGCAAGAUCUCGUUUAGCUCCACAAGACGAAGUAGAAACUAUUACUAAGAAGUGCCAGAUCGGUGAUUGGUUUGUUUUGUACCAAUUGGGUAAGAACAUUGACCCCUUGAUUUUCAAGGAGCUUGUAUCAGACUUGGCCAAGAAAUUGGACGGUAAGGAGAGUGUAUAAAUGUGACUUGAUAAAUUACAAUCGUGUAUUUAAUUACUAAAUUAAACAAAAAAAUUGUUAGCUUAGGGAAACACGGUUCAGAGAACGGAUAAGCAAUAAUUUAGACAAUUUGUUUUUUUUUCAAUAACAUUUUAUACUAUCCCAUGUUUCCGCAUGGCGUAAAUUAAAUACUAUAUUUUUUAAAAUUAGUUUCUGAUUGCUUUUAUCGGAGAACACAGGGGUUGUGCAGUUAAGGGUAUUGUAUUCAUGAUUAACCUUCUAGGUUUUUAUUAUAUUAUCGACAAUUUUUUGAAACAGUUAUCUUUAAAUAUAUGUUUAUAAAUUGUACUGUUUGCCCAACUGAAAAUAAAAAUUGUUGGUCUCAUUUCAUUAUAUGUAAAGUGUAAUCAAUAUUGCUGCUGUGUUUCAACUCUGAAUUAGGUAAUGAAACUUUUGAUAAUUUACCUUUAUACAUAUUUUAAGAUUAUUUUAACAUGUUUAUAAUUGAACAUUUAUUAUGUUAAUCAAAAAAUAAUACCUUUAUUUUCAUAUUCCAAUCAUUCUAAACAUUAAUAGCUGAUCUAAAUUAAAAUAUAAACAAUAUAAACUUUAUGUUAAUUAUUUAUCUCUAAUUACUUAAAUUGUAAGUAGGUAUGUUAAUUAUCUUAAUGGUUUACUCAUUAUUGCAUGUAUUUAUUGAAAUGCUCUAUAUUAUUUUAAGAUUAUCAUUGUCAAAUUGUCUACAGAUACAGUACUAGUGUCACUGUAUAAAGUUUCAUAGCAGUUAAUACUGUUCUGGUAUUUUUAAUUAUCUAUACAUUAAAGUGUUUUCUGAGUCUUCCAUUUUGAGCAAUCUAUGUGUUCACAAGUUUUUAUUUAUUUAUUAUUAAUAAUAUACUAUAACUUUAAUUUUUUUAUUUAUUUUUUUUCCAUUAACAUUCCACAUUAUAUUAACAUUCAUUUGUUCACCAGGAAAUUAAAUAUAUUUUUAUAAUUUAUACAAUCAACCGAAUUUCGCACAAACAUUGUACAAAAUUGUCUUAUUCUUUCGUAUAAAAUGUGUAAAUAUAAGUAAAAUGUUGGGCCUCAUGAAUGUCAUUUAUAAUUCACUUCUAUAAAGAUAAUCAUGAAACAUAUAUGUGAUGCUAAUUAGCUGUAAUAAUUAUUUUAGAUUUAGUUUUAAUACUGAUUUUUUUUUUUUUUUAGUUAUUAAGUUCUUAUACAUUUAUAUUAUUAUCUAUAUUAUUUAAAUAUGUAUGUGAACAAUGAAAUUCCAUAAGUGCCUUUUUUGUACUACAUAAUAUAUAGUAAUUUUAAUGAUGUGCAUAUCUUGACGAAUUAUCUUGUAUGCCAAAAUUAAUUAUUCAACAUUCCAUAUUGAUUUUUAACUGUAUAAUGGCCACUUGGUGUUUAUAAUACUCCAAGUGUGUUAUAAAUGCGCACACAUCUGAUGUCAAUCAAGUCCAAAUUGACUGCCAAUAUAAGACUAUUAGAUACUGUUUUAUUCAAGACAAUAAAAAAAAGACAUUUUAUAAAUAAUA